GCGGUGGUCGGCUGUGGUGCGCGGCGGGGCUGGAGGGGGCGGCUCUGAGGGGCUGGGACCCCCGGGGCGGCCGGGCCGGGGUAUGGACUCCUGAGGGGCCCGCACCCCGGUAAGGAUUCCCCGGGGGAGCCGGCCGGGGUUAGGAUCCCCGGAGUGGUUGGGGUACGGACCCCCGGGCAGCUGGGCCGGGGAAACUGAUGCAUCUCUUGCUUUGCUGAUAGUGAUGCUGUCUGUGUCGCCAGUAAAGUGUGAAUAAAAGCACUGGAUUUACACUGUACUGUCAGCUUUAUCUGAGAAUAGCCAUGAGAGUAAAAUAGAGCAUCUCUUAUCUUCUUAUAACUUCACAGUUUCCUUUAUUGGAUGACCACCUCAACACCUGGAUGCAAUAACGUCCUCUACCUGGUGAGGUCACUAUUAGGAAACCUCCCCCUCACAAGUUUCUGACAACGUUAGGAACAGCAUUUGAGAUGACUGCAGUGGAGAAGAUUGAGGAGCAGCUUGCUAGUCUGCGCAUAGCAAAACGUUCUAUGCUAAGUGAGGAACCUGCUUACUUACUGGAUAUAGACGUUUCCAAACCUGCUCAGUCUGAAAACAGUUGCUUUGUGGCAGUUUCGUGUUCCAAUAAGUCAAUUAGGGUAUAUAACAGGGAAACAUUAAACUUCCUGCGGGAGUACAGUAGCCAUCCUGGGAUACUUAACGGAGUCAGAUUUGCACACGCGUGUGACAACGUAGUGUUUUCAGCAUGCAGUGACGGUACAGUAAAAUGUUGGGAUAUUCGUUUAGCAACUCAGAAACCUGUGCAGAUAUUUAGUGGUUAUCCUUCCAAUGUUUUCAUUAGUUUUGAUAUCAACCGCAAUGAUCUCAUAAUUUGUGCUGGAACAGAAAAAGUUGAAAAGGACGUGUUUCUGGUGUUUUGGGAUGCAAGAGGCAUUACAAACUGUGCCAGCGCAACUAAAGAACCCUUGGGAGUCUAUUCUGAAAGUCACAAUGAUGAUAUCACUAAAAUUUGUUUUCAUCCUAUUGAACCCAAUUUGGUAGUUUCUGGGUCAACUGAUGGGUUGGUUAAUGUGUUUGACAUUAACAAGGAUAAUGAAGAUGAUGCUUUGAUAUCAACUUGCAAUUCAGAUUCAUCAGUAAGUUUUAUCGGCUGGUCUGGGAAAGAUUAUAAACAGGUCUACUGCAUGACACACGAUGAGGGAUUUUGUUGGUGGGACAUUGCUCAGUUAGAUACUGAAGAACCAAUAACACUAUUGCGUGUUCUAGAUGUCAGAGAUGCAGUCUGCGUUGAAAAUGACAGCUUACAUUACCUGGUAGGUGGCUUGUACCACGAAAAGGCAGACAAACUCUUUCUUCUUGGGGGAACAUCCACAGGAAACAUUCACCUAAUCAGCUGUGGCACUGAUGGACUGAGUCUGGUGGGUACCCUUUGUGGAGGACACUCUGCCACUGUUCGCUCCUUCUGCUGGAACCUGACAGAUGAGUCUCUGUUGACGGGUGGAGAGGAUGCUCAGCUGUUGCUAUGGAAACCUGGAGCUGUGGAAAGGUCCCUCGCAAAGAAAGCAUCUAUGAAGAUUGCUUCUUCCGUGCAGAAGAGAGUAAGAGUUCACAACAGCUCCUCAAAAGCAGGAAAAAGUAAAAUUCUGAAAGUGGGAAUCUCUACUGCGUAGAGUUUUCCUGGUGUUUAAUCUCUCAGGCAGUACUUGGCUGUGCUUUGUUUGGAGGUAUUCUGUGGAAAGAACUACGAUGCUUGAAUUCUACCUGGGAAUUAUUUCAGCCAUCAGAUGAAUGCUUUUUUUUUUUUUUUUUUUAAAGUCGCUAAUAUUAAUCAACAAAAAGUAAACGUUUGCUCUCAAGAGUUCUUGAACAAUAGAUCUUAAAUCAUAUUAUAUAAAAAUGUUUCUGUGUUUGUUUAAUGUCUCAGCCAACAUUUUUAAUGUGUAAUAUAGGCCUCUGGCUUGCAUAAUUUGUUACCUUCCACUGAAAUUCCCUGGCACAUUUUAAAAGCUUUUGUAUUUCGUGCUGUAUUUUGCUUUCUUUACAGAGAACUUAAUGAAAUUGCUCAAUAUAUUAAAAGAUUUUAUGUCACAUCUUAAUGCCCGGGGGAAUUAGUUCUUGAUGAAAGAGAAAGUAAGUACUGUUUUGCACUGUCAUAUCACUGGUUUAUAACAAGCUCAUAAAGAAGCAGUUGAUGGAGCCAUAUUUUUCAUAGCAAAGAUAUGAAUGUAUUAAACAGGAACACAUGAUUCCAAGCAGCCAAUCUUUAAGUGUAUGAGAACUGUUGAACUGCCAUUAUUUAGGGCAUAUUUCCUGCAUGAAAAUACCCAAGAAUCAUGCAAGCAGCUUCAUUCUCUCCUGGUAAAUGCGUCUCAGGGGCGUGCACCUGGAAGACUGGGGAGAUUGUCAGUGGGUUAAAUUCCGAAUCCUGCAUUUGAAAUAAGCUAGUGUCACAUGCUAAGUGGCGAUGUUACAAACCAAAAAUGAAAUACUGCCUGCUGAGAUGGUAGUUACGGAGUAACCGACCAAUUUGAGGAGACUUUAACAAAGCCUUUUAGAGGUUAGUGUGUGUCCUUUAAGAAAUGUUUCUCUCUGCAGAGAAGGUUUUAUGCUUAGACAUCUCUCUAGGACAGAUAUGUUUUAGUAUUCCAUCAAAUACCUAUUAAGUGGUGCAAAAAUUGCCCCGUACUUUUGAAACAGUUGAGUCUCUAUGCUUAUUCUGCUCCGCUGGCAGGCUACAAUCUCUGCUUGUGGCUCUGCACACACAAUUACCUUCAGCCUUCUGAGGACCAUUGCAGUCAAGUGGUGGUUGGCAAUUAUGCCGUAGUUAACAUAUGUGGACUACAACCGAAAACAGCACAAGAGUAUUUAAGAAUUGCUUUGUUAUAGAAUAGUUGGCAAAGGAAUUAAGAGAGAUUUGGUUUUAUUUUUUCACGUGAGGGUGGGUAGAUAAUUCUUUCAAAACAAGUUUUGAAUGUCAAGUUUAGAGGAUUAGCCUGGAGUUCAAAAACAGUUUCCAAAGUGCAGAAGAUACCUCUAGUAUAUGGUUACAGCUGUGCUGAAGAGAUCUUCAUCAUCUCUGGAAAGAAAUCCUAUUCAACCAGAAGUAUCGAAUUUCCACAUGGUAUGUUUACAAACUGUCAAUGUCCUUCAGCCACAACUAUGCAUCCCUAGUUGGUUUGGGUCUUUUUGGUGAUAAUUAAGAUGAUUCACUUGCUUUUGUUCAAGAUUUAUUCUCCCAGGCCACUAGUCACUGCCUGUUUUUGUGGAAUUCACAGUUUUGUAAUUGCAUUGACCAAAAGCUUCAGACCCCUCUGAAUUCACCCUAAUGCCCUCAUGGGCCUGACUUGGUUCAGUAUCUGUAGUCGGGGGUGGGGACCUAAAGGAUUAUUUCGAGACCUAUUUCAAUGCAAGUUCAAUGUAUAACUUGCUUUUUAGGUGUUUACCCACACUUUUCCUGGUAUGUUGACACAGUCAGUGGAGUAAGGUCGGUGGGCUUGCAUGACCCUUGAUUUCUUGAAGACGGUUUUGUGUGCUACAUACAGAAAUGCACAGUGAGGGAGCUUUUGGUUGCCUCUGCUUCCUCUCAAGUGUCUGUUGGGUGAAAUUCUGAUGCGUUCUGCCAACUUUCUCUAAAUUAAAGCAGCAGAGAUGGGAGUUCUGGUACUGAAGUGUUUGUAGUAUGCAAUCUGUAUUUGUUAUCUUGUUUCUGAAAUAGAUUGAUACCUAACAAAUUGAUAUCUGUCACAGUUCAGGCCAUGCUUUUCCCUGAGAAGUUGAUUUCUCCCUUUUACAUACAUAAUUUAAAUAGCAAUAGAAGGGGAAAGUGUGUGUACGUAUGUAUCUUAAAAUUCUGCAACAGCACAGCAGCUGUCAGGAGACAGGCUUGUGUUGCCUCUGAAAAUACUUGAUUAUUUUCUUUUUCUUUGGUGUUGACUUAAUUUCAGAUUAAUAUCCAUAAAAUAAACAUAGAUGGAAACAACAUGUUAACAAGUAAUUAGCGUUGCUUGCUUUUGUAAACUGCAAACACUAUUUCAGAGACCACAGAGCACAGGCAGAAUACAUAUGUAAUCAUAUAAAUAAUAAUAGACUUGAAAUUAGGCAGGUUAACUUGUCUGACUGUAUUUAAUCUCUUAGGUUAGUUUUGAUGUCUGUAAGUUGGCUUCAGCGUUGUUAAGAAACAUAUUUGACCUUUAUAAAACUUAUGUAAUUGAAACUAUGUGCAAGUAGCAGGCAUUCAGAAAUCAUCACUGUGUGAAUUGUUUAACCCCAGGGGAAGCUUUAAUUCUGGAAGCAGGAUCAGAUUUUUUCCAGUAAAUGAAAAGCAAAAUCCAGACAGGCUACCUAAGUGCAGAAAACAGUGUCCAUCUUUAUUCAGAGAUGAUAGUAAACCCAUUGUACAAUAUUUCUGAGCAGCAGGAGAUUAUCUUGCUGCGAACACAUGAAAAUAAAUUUACUUGCGUUUGGCACAUUCCUAAAUUUCCUUUUUUUUUUUUUUUUCUUUUUCUUUUCUCUGGAAGUAAAAUCCCACACUUGCACACUCACCAUCGGCGUGUUUAAGGUGUGUUCCCAUUGAAUACGAGCUUGCUGCCUUUUCAUGGAGUACUGUUUUACUAUUUCAUUUGGUUCAAGUAAGAGAUGUAUCAGGAUUACGUCCUGUAGUCAGUGGGUAAUUUCAGCAAUUAUUUCAAUGGAGUGGAGGAUUUUACCCAUACUUCGGGAUUGCGGUGGAAAUUAUUUGACAAAUCUAAAGAAAGGUGUGAAUUAAUUUCUAGGUGGAAUUUAUUUAGUCAGUUGUCAGUCAUAAGCUGUUUUGUGGCCAAAUUGUACACGGCGUAUGUCCUAUGUAUUAAAAUGGACAUAACUGCAUAUUUCUACAUUAAAAUCUUAAUUAGCAAAGAUGCUGAUACAGUAAAACAUUGUAAAGGCAUAAAGUGCAAGCUUUAUAUGUUGUGUUUGAAUGACGGGUUUCUCUUGGCCAGCGAUCUUACGUAGCCCUGUAGGUCAUACUAUUACACGAAGCGAUAUAUUAUGUCAUGUGAAGUGCUCACAGGGAAAUAGGCUUGUCAAGGCAUCAGAAGCCGGGCACCUACACGCUUACGUGGCUGCCCGUCGUGUUUUGUGGUAAGGCACCUGCCCCUUGGGAUGGAGCUGCCCAUUAUGGGAGUUCGGUAUGGAUGGAGUUAAUCGCAGUGUCAGCUUUUCAGCAAAUCAGCAAAGCUUCUGUACAACUUAAGGAAUUGACACUUUUGGCCCACCUCAUAAAGCUCGUUUGUGUUUACCACUGUUAAUUUGGAAUUACUUCAAAAUGGUCUUCUGUUAUUUGGCUUCUUGGUCUUUUUUUUGGGGUAUUUGUGAGUUGUGUCUGGAUGUCUGCUUUUCUGGAGGGGAACGAGUCUGUCCCUUUCCCCCAUGAGCUCUCCUGUCCUGUGCGUAGGCUGCUGGACUCUGCCCUUCUCGCACCGAAUGGGUGCUGGGAAGCAGAGAGAGGGAGGAAAAAAGGGAGGCCGGCACCUGCCAACCCUCUGGCAGCGGGAUCUGUCCAGGGAAGCUCCUCAACUACAGAGUGGGACCCUCUGCCUUUGAUGUAAGUGUAACGACUUGUUCUUGAGCUUGAUGGAAGCAGGAUAGGACCUUAACUAAAUUAUGCAAGACAUAAACACCCUUCAAGCAUAAAAGCCAGUUCCUGUUUGUCUGUGAAAUGAGCAAUUUGGCAGCGAAGCGUGCAAGAGAGGCAGAAGGUGUUUGCUCACAGGGGCUGGAUACUCUUAACUUCUGCUGGCAGCGAGGAGAGCCACUGGCCGAGCCAGUACUGCUACCUCUCCCCUGCAGGAACCAAUGGAUUUGGGGAUUUCACAUGCCAUGGAAAAAAGGAAGGGAAAAGUGAGGGUGGGGAUGACAGAUAAAGGUGAACAGCUAUCUGUUAGUGCUCCAUUCAUCGCUCAUUAUUGGAAUUUUUUGCAGAUAACCUAAGAGCUGAUUGCGAGGAUCUUUGGUAAUUUCUUGUUUUCUGUUUCCCUUUUCUGUACCAGUUUCUAAACUGGCACAGGUAUACUGGCUGACGGGAGUGGAGUGGUGUUACCUUCAGUUACCGCCGCUGAUGGACUGGCCUCAGCCUGCUGUCACGGUGUUCUGUCCUGCUCGGAUUUCAACACAUGCACUUCUUCGAGUCUUGUGUCCUCAUGUCUUUAGAUACUUCAAAAUCUGUAUUCUGAAAGUAUAUCUACUUUUCUGGAAACUGAAUGACAAAAUACCGUUCUAUAUACUCCUGCUGCAAUCUUGGCACCAAUAUUUUUAUGUGAACGUAUUACAUUUUCAAUUCAAUAUCAAUUUCUGUCGUAUUCUCUCAUGUUCUGAAUAAAGAUUCGAUGCUGCUAAAAUCCCAUAAAGGUGGUACUUGAGCAGCCUGUUGCCGCAGGAACUCAGA